CAAGCUGCUUCCGCUAUUGAAUUGUGACAACAUCCGGUGCGACAAUCGUCAGUUGUAACUUGAAGCAUCUUGUCUAAGUGGGAACAUGGACAGAAUAGACCUGCCCCCUGUGGGCCCCAUGGACCUGCCUCUGUCUCUGCUGGAGCUGGGAUGCUCCGGCAGGUUUGAGCUCAUCACACACCCCCUUCCAGAACAUCAGUUACCUCCACUAAGCACGCUUCCACAUGGACUUCCCCCCUCGAGUCUAAACCUGGAGACAGAAGUUGAAAAACAGUUUUUACAGGAUCCUGCCUGGCUUCCUAUACACGACACAGACUUGGCUUUCCAAAAGUUCCUCAAAGUUACAAAGAGAGAGCCCAACAUCGACUCUCUGCUCAACUGCAAUGCGUCACCACUUCACUCCGGUCUCUCAGUUGUCAGGGAUCCAACCACAGGAAUGCUCCGGGAUUUCAAGGAGGUUUUACUAGAAAACACUGACCUCUCUGCCAAAAACUCGCUCUCUCUACAUCGUCAACCGGGGCCUCCGUCAGAGAGCCUACGAGGAAGCAGCACAAACUACCCCUUCCUUCCUGGAGGAAUGGAAGAGCUUACACUGGAACAAAUCCAGAAGAAAUCAGAGUUCGAGGAGGAUGUAGACUUUGAGAAUGAUUUGCUCAAAAUUCCACCUGGAUUCAAAGCUGGAAUGGACUUCAGUGACAAAGAUGCCAAGAUGGCCAAGCCAGAAGUGAACCUCAUGUCCCUCCUGUCCACUUUUGAUGACAUAAUUGACAUGCAGCCUGAGCCAGAGAAAGAGGAGAAAAGCAACAAAGAAGAAAAGUCACUCCCCAGAACUAAUAGUCUUGAAGAUCUGGGCAUCAAGGAUGCUGUGUCAUCCUCCGCUCCCUCAGAGCCUAAAAAGGAUGAGAAAAUAAAACCAAAGGAAAAUCCAGAGCUGAAGAAGAAGUGGGCCGUUCCUGUGGACAUCACUUCACCGUGUGAUGAUUUCCACAAACGCAUUCCUAAUCCAGCUUUCAAGUGGCCGUUUGAACUGGACACUUUCCAGAAACAGGCGGUGCUGAGGCUGGAGGCUCACGAGUCUGUGUUUGUAGCUGCUCACACAUCUGCGGGUAAAACCGUGGUGGCCGAGUACGCCAUCGCGCUGUCACAGAAACACAUGACCAGGACCAUCUACACAUCCCCGAUCAAAGCUCUGUCCAAUCAGAAGUUCAGGGACUUCAAGAACACCUUUGGUGAUGUGGGACUCCUGACAGGCGACGUCCAGCUCAGUCCAGAAUCUUCCUGCCUCAUCAUGACCACAGAGAUCCUCAGGUCGAUGCUGUACAACGGCUCCGAGGUCAUCAGAGACCUGGAGUGGGUGAUUUUUGACGAGGUUCAUUACAUCAAUGAUGCUGAGAGAGGUGUCGUGUGGGAGGAGGUUUUAAUCAUGCUUCCAGAUCACGUCAGUAUCAUUCUGCUCAGUGCCACCGUGCCUAACGCACUGGAGUUCAGUGAGUGGAUUGGUCGUAUCAAGAAGAGGCACAUUUACGUGAUCAGUACCAUGAAGAGACCUGUGCCUUUGGAGCAUCAUCUGUACACUGGAAACAGUACCAAGACCCAGAAGGAGAUGUUCCUGCUGGUGGAUGCUGCAGGGAACUUCCUAACCAAAGGGUACUAUGCAGCAGUUGACGCCAAAAAGGAGCGAACCAGCAAACACGCCCAGUCCUUUGGUGCUAAAAAUACUUCUCAUAACACGACAGCCAGUCAGGACCGCUCUGUGUGGCUCAGCCUCCUUCACUUCCUGUCUGCGCGACAGCAGACUCCAGUCGUCGCCUUCACCUUCUCUCGGACACGUUGCGACGACAACGCCCGCUCCCUGGACUCCAUGGACCUGACCACGUCCAUAGAGAAGGCAGAGAUUCAUUCUUUCUUCCAGAAGAGUCUGAGCCGCCUGCGGGGGGGAGACCGCCAGCUACCUCAGAUCCUGGUGAUGAGAGACCUGUUGAAGAGAGGAAUAGCCGUCCAUCACAGUGGGAUCCUGCCCAUCCUGAAGGAAGUGAUCGAGAUGCUGUUUUCACGAGGUCUCGUCAAAGUGCUGUUUGCCACCGAGACGUUUGCCAUGGGAGUCAACAUGCCCGCGAGGACUGUGGUGUUUGACAGCAUCAGGAAACAUGACGGCACUGGCUUCAGAAAUCUACUGCCAGGUGAAUACAUUCAGAUGGCAGGCAGAGCUGGGAGGAGAGGCCUGGACGCCACAGGCACCGUCAUUAUUCUGUGUAAAGCGGGUGUUCAUGAGAUGGCAGACCUGCACGUCAUGAUGCUGGGUAAACCCAUGCUGCUCCAGUCUCAGUUCAGACUCACCUACACCAUGAUCCUCAACCUGCUGCGAGUCGAAGCGCUUCGUGUGACCGACAUGAUGAGGAGGAGCUUCUCUGAAAACCACAGAGACACUCAGAGCCAUGAGAAGCAGAUCAGUCAGCUGAAACAGACGCUGUCCUCGCUGCCUCCCCUGGACACAGAGGGUCAGCUCUCUGACCUCCUGCAGUACUACCACACAGUGACGGAGCUCAGAACCACCAGUGAAAUACUCCAACGUGCGAUGCUGGAGUCGGUGAACGGGCUGAAGGCUCUGUCUGUGGGCCGGGUGGUGGUGGUCAACAAUAAACAGCAUCUGAAUGCUCUCGGAGUGAUACUGCAGGUGUCUAACGACUCAGUGAAUCGCACCUUCACGGCUCUCAUUAUCUGUGAGAAAGGCAACGAGGGAGGAGGAGGAGGAGGAGGAGCGACAGACGGCAUGUCACUGCCGCACCUCUACAACACGGCUCUGUUCAUACCUGAGGGUCCCUGCAGUCACACGGUGCAAAAGCUGAAGCUUCAGGAGAUUACAUCCAUCACAGUGAAAACCCUCAAAGUCGUGCCUGACAGAAUCAUCGACAACUACAACAAGAGGCAACAGCCGCGCUUCAGACUGGAUCCUCCAGGCCAGGCUAUCUCCACGGCGACCCAGGAGCUCCUUCGAUUGGCCGAAGCCAACCCCGGGGGCAUCGGGUCUCUGGACCCGGUCAACGACCUGCAGCUGAAGAGCGUGGAUGUGGUGGAAGGUUCCAUGAGACUCCGUGUGCUGCAGGAGAGCCUCAAAGAGUUCAACUGCAUCCACUCACCCCUGUUCCCAGAGCAGUUUGCUCGGAGUCAUGAGAGGAUGUCUGUGCAGGAGGAGCUGGACCGGCUGAUGUUCCUGAUCUCAGAUCAGUCUCUGUCUCUGCUGCCUGAAUAUCACCAGAGGAUCAAGGUCCUGGAGUCCCUCCAGUACAUCGACAGCAGCGGCGCGGUGCAGCUAAAAGGCCGCGUUGCCUGUCAGAUCAGCAGCCACGAGCUGCUGCUGACCGAGCUGCUCUUCGAGAACGUCCUGAGUCCCAUGGCGCCUGAGGAGAGCGCCGCCCUGCUGUCCUGUUUGGUCUUUACGCAGAACACGCAGGUGGAGCCGCACAUCACCAACACACUGCAGGAGGGCAUCAAGAGUGUACUGUCGGUGGCCCAGCGUAUCGGCGAGCUGCAGAGGGAGUGUGGGAUACCACAGACGGCUGAGGAGUUCGUUGGCCAGUUCAAGUUCGGUCUGACAGAGGUGGUGUACUGCUGGGCCAGAGGCAUGCCGUUCGCAGAGAUCGCGCUGCUCACCGACGUCCAGGAGGGCACCGUGGUCCGCUGCAUCCAGCGCCUGGACGAGGUGCUGAAGGAGGUGCGACAGGCCGCCCGCAUCGUGGGAGACUCCGUGCUGGGGAGCAAGAUGGAGAAGGCCUCGCUAGCCAUCCGCAGGGACAUCGUCUUUACCGCCUCUCUCUACACCCACUGAGGAGAGGAGGGAAGGAGAGGAGGACGGUGAAUUAUAAAACAGUCGAGGUGGGCUGUAUGGAGGAGGUACAGUGAUGGUGGACAGGAAAAAAACCUCAACAAAUGUGCCUACAGAACAUGUCAAUGUUUACAUGAUGAAUGUCUUAUCAGGAAGAAUGAAAUUAUUUUUAACUACAGACCAAACUACAGCAAUCAUGAAAUCAAAUCCUCGGUGUAAUUUAUUGUACAGAAAUAAAACUUGUAUUAAAACAAA